AUGGCAUUUUCCGACAAGGAGCUUAUGACGACAGAUUAUAUGAUUCAAUGUUCAAGACAUCAUUGCAAUAAUCUCCCUCCCGGAAUAGUUACUGGCUUUGAAUGGAAAGAUUAUUGUCCUAAAUCUUUCAGACUUAUUCAAGAGCUUGAAAACAUCGAUAACGAUGACUACAUGAUGGUAGUUUGUAGUGAUGAAACUAUUAAGCAAGUGACGUCGACAGUGAGACCUGGAAACAUGUUCCUUUUCUCUAACGACUCUCGAUUUGCCAUUAAAACACUAAGGAAAUCCGAACUCAAGGUUCUCUUGGAAAUGCUUCCAAGCUACUAUAGCCAUAUCAAAAGGUUUCGAAGCACAAUAUUGAACAAGUUGUAUGGAGCUCAUGUGGUGAAACCAGCCGGAGGUACUAAGGUUUAUUUUGUGGUUGUGGCAAACAUAUUCAAGUCAGAUUUGUUGAUGCAUCGAUGUUAUGACCUCAAAGGUUCAUUACAAGGUCGAAAAGUUGAAAAAAUGCGAUACAGAGAGAAAACUCUACAUAAGGAGUCUGAUCUUGAUUUCCUAUUUUACCUUGAACCUUUGGUCCGACAAAGACUUUUGAAACAAAUCAAAUAUGAUUGUGCUUUCCUAGAGGCUGCAGGCAUCAUGAAUUACAGCCUCAUGCUUGGCUUGCAUGUACAAGGAUCACGUCAAGUGGAUUGUGUUAACAGCAAAUGUUCUAACAAUGGCAUGAGAAUUUUCAAUGUUGCAUUGCAUCAAAGUGAUGUAGCCUCACAAAGAUCGUCUGACUCUUCAUAUAAAGAUUCAACAAGCAAAUACAGUACAACCAACAUCAUGGACAUUAUCUCUAAUACCUCUUUCUCUGAGAAUGAAGCAUCAGAAGUGAGUUUUGGUGAUCAAUGGCUACAAAACAAUAGUUGCAAGUUUGGUGAAGAACUAGCUGCACGUGGUGUUCGCAUAUCAAAGAAUGGAACAGGAACAUUAUCAUGUCAAAAUUUUACAGUGAUAGAGUGCUAUGAUGUUCUUUUGUGUUUUGGGAUAGUGGAUUUUUUCCAAAAUUACAAUGUUAUCAAGCGAAUUGAGCAUGCCUACAAGUCAUUGCAAUUUGAUCGAAAGAUGAUUGCAGCUGUAAAUCCCAAAAUAUAUUCUUCUCGUUUUCAAGAGUUUAUUAGUGACAUAUUUAAAGCAGAUGAACCUCUCAAUUGA